UCUAGUAAUGAUGCACAUGAACGAAUGCUCUAUGUGCAUGUGAGUGAGACCGAGGCUACCUUGGUACAACGUCAGCGGUGCGAAGCCCACCUAGCUCCGGGGUUACAGCUCGCGACUCGCGACGCGGCCUAAGCACAUGCUUAGGAAAUUCAGAAUCGAUAUAUCGCAUGGCUCAGAACGAAAUUCGCCGCACUCUAUGUUGCGCAGUCUAGGGCAAAAAGCUACCCUGCUGCAAGAAGCUGAGAAGGCUCUGGUCGCACAAUCCGCGUUCAAGAGUCUGAAUGCCUUCAUAAGUGUUCCGAACGCGGACAUCCUGCUUCGAGAGGUUGCAGAACAUGAAGCAGCACCAGCCAAAGGCCCUUUGUCUGGGAAACUUAUAGCUGUCAAAGACAACAUAUGUACCUCUAGCCUUCCGACAACUGCUGGCUCGCGCCUCCUGAGACAUUUUACGAGUCCGUACGAUGCGACCAUAAUUGAGAAGCUACGUGCGUCUGGAGCUGUGAUAGCAGGCAAAACCAAUCUGGAUGAGUUUGGCAUGGGAUCCCACUCUACACAUUCGCACUUCGGCCCAGUAUCGCAAGUUUCUGCAAGUGGUCAAAUAACUAGUGUCGGAGGAAGCUCAGGAGGCAGCGCUGUAGCCGUUGCUACUGGACAGUGCCAUGCGGCGGUUGGUACAGACACAGGUGGCUCAGUCAGACUCCCGGCUGCGUAUAAUAAUGUCGUAGGCUUUAAACCCUCGUACGGACUGGUUUCUCGAUGGGGCGUAAUAGCAUAUGCAAACUCCCUCGAUACCGUUGGCGUGUUUGGAAGAAACCUCGGAGACACGCGAAUCAUGUUUGAUGCCCUCAACGCAUUCGAUGCACGCGACCCCACAAGUCUUUCUGAGCACAUCCGCGCCCGAAUGCGUUCUAACGUAUGCAUGGAGAAUGGAAAAGACGUGGUCUCGUUGCGAGUUGGGGUCCCAACUGACUACAAUAUCGAUGAGCUGGACACGGCAGUUAAAAACGCCUGGAUUACUACAUUGCAAGCCCUACAGGGUCAGGGGGCAACACUGGUACCUGUUGAACUGCAGACAACCCGUCAUGCGUUGUCUGCAUACUACGUUCUGGCACCAGCUGAGGUAUCAUCGAACCUGGCAAAAUACGACGGGGUGCGCUACGGCGAAAGGACCUCAGGCCCCGAUGGUACCUCAGACUCCGUCCUAUUCGCAAAGACCCGAGGCGAGCUUGGCGCAGAAGCCAAGCGGCGAAUCCUGCUGGGAGCCUACUCCCUCAGCGCAGAAGCGAAGGACAACUACUUCAUCCAAGCACAAAAGGUCCGUAAACUGGUGCAGGAUGACUUCAACAAGGCCUUCAGGAAGCCAAAUCCCCUGUAUCCUGAGCACCGUACGUCAAACGCAGAAGGCGUUGAUGUCCUGAUAUGUCCUACUGCGCCAACGCCACCCCCUGAGCUCGAGAGGCUGAGGGAUCAGCAGCCGGUAGAUGCGUACACGAAUGACGUCUUUACUGUUCCUGCUAGUCUUGCUGGUCUGCCAGCACUUAGUAUGCCAGUUGGUGGAAACAAGAGUAAUGGCAUCGGCAUACAAGUCAUUGGCCAGUUCGGAGACGACCACUUAGUCUUCGACGUCGCAGAGCGCAUUGAGGAGUGUACAUAG